AUGCCUUCAGACUCCGGCUCAGUCUCUUCGGAGCGUCUCGACGCGAGCAUCCCUGGAGCCUUCCCUGAGGGCAACCUUAGUCAGACGCAUAUAUCUACAACGCACCAGAGCCUCACGCAAGCUCUAUACGCGCGCAGGGCCGAGUACACGCGACCACGCCAUGUGCGCAUCAAAGUGGGGUCCUGGAACGUGGCGGGCCUGAAGGGCGUGGAACAAGACAUCGCUGCAUGGUUCGUAGACGGAAAAGGCAUCGAACAGUCGUUAGCCGGUCUCGGUAUCAGUGAACCCGAUGCGAAAGAUGCUUCGGCCAAAGAGAGUAUAUCGGAUCAAGAAGCACGACGAACGUCCCUUGCGCCUACGGUACCUAUCCACGACACAGCAGCUGUUCCAAGCAACGAAGAAGUCGGACUAUACGUCUUGGGAUUGCAAGAGGUGGUCGACAUUUCAUCUGCCACGGAGGCAUUGCGGCCGUAUACUGAUCCCAGUGUUGCCAACAAAUGGAAAACGAGCAUUGCUACGGCUCUACCUAAUGGUUACCGGCUCGUGGCAGAACAGCAACUGAUUGGCUUGUUGCUCCUCGUGUAUGCUUCUCCAGAAGUACACCCGCAUAUCAAGUCAGUCAGCACGACUAGCGUUGGCACGGGUCUCAUGGGAUAUAUGGGGAACAAGGGCGCCGUGACGGCCAGAAUUGUAUUAGGCGAGACCACUAGACUUGUCUUCGUAAAUUCACAUCUUUCUGCGGGUGCAGACAAGACCUCACUCGAGCGGAGGAAUUGGGAUGCCAGCCAGAUUACAAGUCGCACUCGGUUCGACCCCAUCACCGACGCCAUGGACCUGAAUCAGGGACACGGAGAGGGAAUAGGCGACGAAGACUUUGCAUUCUGGUUCGGUGAUCUCAACUACCGCUUGGAAGGAAUGCCAGGAGAAGAUGUGCGACGCCUGCUCACCGUACAUACCCGGUCGUAUGAUCAAGAUACAGCAGAGGACGCGAAGGAUAACGCCUCCACGUCUGGAGAUUCCGGUUAUAGUUCAAAACGAGACUCAGAGGACGCUAUACCGCUUCCGCCGGAAUUAGAUCCUUCAAGCCUUCAUACGACAAUCAAAUCUUUGCUUCCUCACGAUGAGCUUCGGCAGCAGCAAAAGGCUGGCAAAGCAUUCCAUGAUGGUUGGGAGGAGGGACCCAUACGAUUUCUCCCAACGUACAAGUAUGAUGUGGGUAAGGUUGGCGUCUUCGAUUCCAGUGAAAAAAGACGCGGUCCAAGUUGGUGCGAUCGUAUCUUAUAUCGAACGAGAGCAUCCCGACAUCAAUACAGCCUCAAAGCUAAGGAAUUAGAGGCUGCUCGGAAGAAAGAUGAAGAAAUGAAAGCGAAAGGACUUGAUCAUGCGGCAGAUGACGAAGAUGUUCUAUACGACUACGAUCCAGACACCGAUGGAGAUAAGAACGACAGCUACGACGAAUACGACGAGCAAGAAGAUCCUGAACCCGAAAUUGUACCUACGAAGGCAGGUUUCUCCGACGAGUUCGUUCUUGAGACGUACUCGUCGCAUAUGCGAGUGAUCUCAUCGGAUCAUAAACCUUUGGAGGCUGUGUUCUCAUUGAAGUAUGACGCAGUAAUACCUGAGCUGAAGACCGGAAUACACCAAGAAGUUGCCCGAGAGCUUGACCGGCAAGAGAAUGAAGGCAGGCCAUCUGUAACUUUAGUAGUCGAUCGCUCCACCGGGGUCGCGACUCCCGAAAAUAAAGACACAACCGAAAGCAGCUUCGACGGGGUCGAUUUUGGCGACGUUGCAUUUGGGAAGUCGAAGCGUCGGAACAUCACCAUUGCGAAUACCGGCAGGGUGCCAGCUACUUUUGGUUUCACCGAUCGGCCUGUUGACAAAAGCCAGCCAGAAGGGGUAUUUCCACCCUGGCUAAGAGUUCGAUUUGAUCGGGAGCCAGACGGCCCUGCAAAUUCAUCUUCCAAUGGUUUAGUCGAGGAAUACACCCUUGAAGCGGGCGACGUCUGCAGUGCCGAGUUGAAACUUAAAGUCGAUAGUCCAGACAUGGUGCGUCUUCUCAACGAAGGCACCUCGUGCUUAGACGAAGUCCUGGUUCUACGGGUCAAUGAUGGACGGGAUCAUUUCCUUCCCCUACGAGCGCAUUGGGUGCCAUCAACUCUCACACGCACGGUCGACAAGCUCAUCAAGAUACCCGAAGGCGGCAUCCGUAAGCUGCAGCACCAGAAGCCGGAUUGCGAAGGGGUGAGGUGGUCGGUACCUCGGGAGAUAUUUCGGCUGACGGAAGUGUUAGAAGACAUGACGGAACGCACGCUCGCCGAAUGGGACAUGACUGGCCAUGAAGUGGAUCAGGAGAACGCUCCUUGGCAGCAUAACGCUGCGUGGCCCUUCGUUAGCCAAGUCAAGGAAGAGGAAGACGAGGAAGUCGUAGCAGGCAUCAUCGAAGCGCUCGACUGUGACGAGCCUUUUGAGCGAGCUUUCCCUGCCACCAUGCGGCCGAAGACGAGGCUGGAGUAUGUCGCAGAAACCCUUCUCCUCUUCCUUCGAAGCCUGCAAGACGGCGUCAUUACUAAGAGCCUCUGGGAAAAACUUGAAGAAGGUAUAGCCACACGCGAGAAGUCGAAACAGCAACUUGACCGCGACGACGAGAAGAUGUGGGCACUCGAGAUUCUUGCUACCGCACCAAACCACAACGCCACCUUCCUUUUACUCAUAUCCGUGCUGCAAAAUAUUACGAAUCAGAUCGCGGAAGCAGGAAAAUCCGAUCCAUCUACUCCGCGAGCGAGCACGGACCUUCCUGCUUCUCCUAGGGCUUCUGUUAGGAGAAGGACGUUGAGUAAGAUUCCUGAUAUUGCGUUGCGGCAACUGAUCCAUCGGAACUAUGCGACGGUGAUUGCGGAUGUGGUUUUCAGAGGAACGAGCGCGGAGAAGAUGCGGGAGAAGGAUCGAGCGGUGAGGAAGGAGAGGAUGAUCAAGGUUGUGGAGCUGUUUCUGAAGAACGAGGAUGACGGGACAGCUUGA